CAUUACCAGGCCUCUCAAUUUUACGUGGAUGUCCGUUGUUGCGUUCCCGACCACGAGCAGGAGUCGCUCUGCUCACCAGACUCCGGGUGAACCAGUGAAGAGAUGAGACUCCGCUCGGUGUUUCGGGUUUCUCCGUUCCGAGGCGGAGCUCCAUUCGCGUCCUACAAACCUCCAGUCUCCUCUCAGCAUCAGUCGCGGCCGAACAGGUCUUCUUUCGGAAUUGCGUUCGACGUUGAUGGAGUCAUUCUUCGGGGACGUGCUCGGAUCAGAGGCUCUUCCCAGGCUUUGCGGCGAUUGUACGAUGAUCACGGCGUUUUGAAGGUUCCCUUUGUGUUCUUGACUAACGGAGGUGGUAUUCCGGAGUUUACACGAGCACUUGAACUGAGUCAGCUUCUGGGAGUGAACAUUUCUCCUGCUCAGGUGCUGCAGGGUCAUUCUUCUUUCAGAAAUCUGUUGAAUAGAUAUGAAAAUGAACUCAUUGUAGCCACUGGGAAGGGAGACCCUGCUCUAGUGAUGUCUGAGUAUGGUUUCAAAAAAGUGUUAUCGAUCGAUGAAUAUGCUUCCUGUUUCAGUAACAUCGAUCCUGUAUCUCAAUACAAAGCCUGGACAAACGAUAAUGUCUGUGGCCAAAGUAGCUGCCUCAAGGAUUUGAAAUUAAAGUGUGAUGUUCUUUCUGAGAGAGUGCAGGCCGCAUUUGUUAUCAGUGAUCCUGUAGAUUGGGGCAGAGACAUACAGGUUCUCUGUGACAUUCUAAGGUCAGGAGGGCUUCCAGGACAAUCGGAUGGACAUCAACCACCUUUAUACUUUGCAGCUGAUGAUCUUGAAUAUCAGGCUGCUUUUCCGCUGGAGCGACUUGGGAUAGGUGCCUUUAGAGUUGCUUUAGAGAGUGUCUUCAACAGAAUUCAUCAUCAUCCCUUGGAGUAUGUUUCUUUUGGCAAACCUAAUCCGUUCGUGUUUGACAAUGCUGAAAUGACGUUGAGACAGCUCUCACUUUCGCACUGUGAUGUUCAUGGCAUGGACGACAUAUCUCCCCAGUCAUAUUCCUUCAGCACCCUUUACAUGGUCGGCGACAAUCCUUCUGUAGACAUCAAGGGUGCUCAACAGGCGGGACAUCCUUGGUUCUCUAUCUUGACUAGAACAGGUGUGUUCAAGGGAGAAGAUAACGACACGAGUUUUCCUGCAGAUCUGGUUGUUGACACAGUCGAAGAGGCAGUGGACUACAUCUUGAGCAGGGAGGGCAGCUGAUAGUUGUAGAGCCUGCUGCUAGUCUUUAAACCGGCACGGCCCUUGUUUUGUCACAAAGAAUCCGGACCCGUUCAAUCUGCUGGGGCGAAUUCGCUGUGGAUAUGCGAAAUGGGUAGUCUCACUACUUAGUUGGCUUUCAUCUAUUCUUUGUUUCGUCACGAAACUGCGAAAAUGUUUAGAUUUCUUACUUCAGCAAAAGGGGCUUCAGUAAUAAUAUGUGAGGAGAUGGAAAUUCUUGCUAUCCUGCCAAAUGCUUCUUGUAUACAGAUUCCCGAUUCUUGCCUAUAGAGGCGAUCUGGGAGACCGAACGUCCUUGUUCCGCUCUUGCCAAAACGAGGAUCAUUUACUGCGAAA